AUGUUGUUGGGCACAUACCUAUUUUUAACUAGAAAUACGUUUUGGAAUCUAUACAGAAGACUGAGGCGGAUCAUAACAUUAGACACACGUCUAUAUCCAUUUCGUUAUGAAGCUCCCAGUUAUCAUUGGUUCUGUGAAACAAAGCUGGAAGGGCGCGUUAUUUGGAGAGCUUUUAGUGUUCGGGACUCGGCCGCACUCGAAAAAGCUCACCUCUACCGUGGCAAGGACAAUGUAAACAUAGUGUCAACUGACGGAGGAAGGUACGAUGUAAAUUUGAGCGAGAGAAAGCGCAACCCUGUUUAUUGGGACGCGCCAGCGUGCGAAGUUAGACGUUGUUCCUGGUUUCAUAAAGGAAAUAACGAAAAUUAUUUUACACCAUUUGAAGAACAUAUUGCGGACAUAUUGGAAUGUGAAUAUCGAAUCUCAUAUGAAAGGGAUGACUGGUUUCGUGUCGCAGUCUUACUGAAUGGGGAUACAAUUACUUUUAAUGGCCCAUAUUCCUUAGCUCUUUCGUGUUCUGAAAUACCUGGACGAACGAGAGCUAUUAAAAGAGGAAUCGAUGACGAGUUUGAUAUUAAGGAUGACGAAUCUGAAACAGUCGAACAUCUUAUUUUUGCCGUUCAUGGUAUCGGACCAAUAUGUGAUUUAAAACUUCGAACCAUUGAAGAAGUUGUCGACAUUUUUAGAGACAAAACGCUAAAACACAUACAACAAAACAAACGAUAUCGAAACAGAAUUGAAGUGUUACCAAUAAAUUGGCACUACAAGGUGCACAGAGGAAAGGCAAAUGUCGACCGGAACCUUCAAAGAAUCACACUCCCCACGAUGCCCCUCUUAAGAAACUUUACAAAUGAUACAUUGGUAGACAUUUUGCUGUACAUCAGCCCCACCUGCCAGGAUCAGGAGUUUAGCUGCUCAACUUUUUCAACUGCUCCAUUUUCCCAAAUCAUUCUCGAGACGGUGAGCAGUGAACUAACUCGCUUGUUCGUGCUAUUUAAAAAGAGGCAUCCCACCUUCUGCGGAGAAGUGUCUUUGCUGGGACAUAGUCUGGGAUCUGUCAUUCUUUUCGAUUUGUUACUUCAUCAAAAAGCGAAAGAGAAUGUUGAUCUCACAACGGCAGGUGGCAAUAACAAAAAUGACAACGGGCAAAUUCACCUUAAAUAUCCACAGUUACCUUUCCGCCCAAUUGGAUUGUUUACGCUGGGAUCUCCGAUAGCUUUAUUUCUCACCGUCAGAGGAGUGGAUAUGUUGGGUGUCAAUUUUAAAUUGCCCACGUGUCCUACGUUUGUGAAUAUUUUCCAUCCCUGCGAUCCAGUCGCGUACAGAAUUGAACCUUUAAUUUGUGCGGAAAUGGAGAAGUUGAAGCCAGCUGUACUGCCACAUUACGGAUCCAGGAGGUCUCGCAUAAAGAACGCGUUAGUUAAGGUCACUGCAAGUGCCAAGCAAACAGUGACGAGCUGUCUUCUGUUUCUGCGUACGACUGGGCUUUCAACCGCAACAUCGAGCCAUUCGCAUAUUCAUAUUCUUGAUGAUUUAACAAGCAGGUAUGAAAACUUGGAGACCAAAGGUGAGUUGGGGAUGUUAAAUAAAGGUCGACGAAUCGACUACGCACUGCAAGGUAGUGACGUGGAAUUUCUUAACGAGUACGUCUGCGGGAUCACGAGCCACGCUUGUUACUGGGAUUCGGAUGAUGUAAUUCUGUACAUCUUAGAGGAACUUUGCGGCGGCAAAGGAAGAUUUCGAAAUUAGAAGUAAUAAACUCUUCUAAUAUAAGCGUUUCAUUUAUGUGUAUCGUAACGAUAAGUCGAUAACCCUAGAAGUUAAUCGCUAGGUACCUUUUGCAAGUCUCUGUUAUUUUCUUUUCCUUUCUAUGACUGAAUAAUAGUAAGCACAUAAUAGUUGAUGUUUUUGCCUUGUAUAUAAAGUGAUCUUUAAUUAGUCGCAUUCGAUACCUUUUGUUGGUAGCACUGUAUCCAUGACAUUUCUCUUUACCUUUAGGUGUACCUGAAAUUCGUAAAAACAAACAUUUACAUGCUCUUAUUACAAAUUACUAAAGAGCAGUCGUAGGAAGUUUAUAACACGUAAAAGUAUCUGUACGAAAAACUAAUAAGCAGGCAAGUUGUUUUUAAUGAGAAACAUAACUUUUGCAAUUGAAUUUUCAGCUAAAGCGCUUACACCUGCUCUUGGGAUGCAUGUACCUAUUCAUUUGUAAUAUUUCAUUUAACUGUUUACUAAUUCCACUGCAUAUAAUAAUGAUAUACCUGGUGGUGCAAAAAUAAUGGUCACUUUAGAAAUAAGUAUAUCUUCUAUAAUUUUCAACAUAAUUUCGAUUUAGAUAUAAUAAUACAGAAUCUACAUUUAACCCAAUUCUAGAAAAUUGUCCAUUCGCUUACGGAAAACGUCUGGCAUUGCACAAAAAGUACGGUCGGAUUUGAAUUGCGUAGUGGUGGUAGUGGGGGCGGAUCGGUAACUGAGGGCCCGCCGGUCGUGUCUUUUCGCUGUAGAGAAUUAGCAGCCAUUGAAAGAGAAACUAGUGGAAUGAUGGAGAAUUUCCAGGAUAGGCUUUUAAUGUGCAUUAAUGGAGAAGAGGGUCAUCUUCCAGAAGUUAUAUUUUCCAUAGUUAGGACCGAUUUUCUAUAAUUUCUACAAUAACUCAUUAAAACAAACAACGUUUCUUAGUUCCAAUUUUUGAUGUGGUGCCCCGGUUUGAAGUUAUAGGCAUUCGAAUGGGUUUUCGAAAUAUCGUCAUAACUCGCUGUAAUUAUUUUUUUUUAUUUUUUCAAAUAAAAUGGCGAUCGUUGAAAAAUUUUUUGAAAGUAAAAAAAUCCCUAAGCUAUCUACUACAAUUCCUAAACGUUUUUUUCAAUUAAGUAGAGACUCUCGCAAGCACUGCCUGCUUCCCUUUUAUAUCUUCUGCUUUAAUUAUUAUAGUUUAAUUAUUUCAUUAAAAAAUAGAUUACUGCCAACUGUAAUAUGUGCAAAAAAAUUGUCACUCGGUAGUGCAAUGCCAAACAAACAAACCGCAACUAAUACUAAAAACCAUUUACAAAAGAUGCAUAGGUGAAUGGACCGAAUAUAAGGAAUAUCUCGGAAAAAGCUAAAAAUACAAACAAAGUAAGAAGAACAGAUAAAGUUGAUUCCCCAAACGCAGCGUAAUAUUCUGAAGAAAUGUCAACUGAGUCUCCAAUAGACAAUUGGAAGAACCCAUCCAACAAAGUGACCAGAUAAUCACCCCGAAGCAUUGAAAAUUGGCAAGUCAAUCAUGGACCUCAUAAUAGUAGACAUGUUACCCUAUAAUUUUGUUGAAGACGAGGCUUUCAAAAGACUGAACUACGGCGAUCCGAAUAUGCGCUCUCGUUCCAGAGGUAAAACUGAAAAAUUAUUUCGAACAUCUCUGAUUCUA